CCCCCCCCCGGCCCCCGCCCAUGUCCCGGUGGCCGCAGGCUCGGUACUGGGGCGCGGGGGCCAACGAGGUGCAGGGGGCCGUGCUGAGCCGCAGCGGGACCCCCGUGGAGCGCCUGGCGGGCAAGUGGCACGAGGGGCUGCACCGCGGGCCCGCCCCGGGCCAGUGCGUCUGGAAAGCCAACCCCAUGCCCCGGGACCACGAGAGGAACUACGGCUUCACCCAGUUCGCCCUGGAGCUGAACGAGCUCACGCCGGAGCUGCGCCGGGUCCUGCCCUCCACGGACACGCGGCUGCGCCCCGACCAGCGGUACCUGGAGGAGGGGAACGUGCCGGCGGCCGAGGCGCAGAAGCGGCAGAUCGAGCAGCUGCAGCGGGACCGGCGCCGCGUCAUGGAGGAGAACAACAUCACCCACCAGGCGCGCUUCUUCAGGAGGCUGAUGGAUGCCAGUGGCAAGGAGUCGUGGGUCACCAACAACACCUACUGGAAGCUGCGCCUGGACCCCGGCUUUGCCCACCUGGACAGUGCAGUGCUCUGGUAGCGACCCCCCCACGGGGCUCUGAGCCCCCCCAGCUCAUCACAGCAGUGGGGCUGGUUCCCCCGGCACUGGGGGGGGGGCAGUGUCCCCCCCCCCCCCCCCCCGAGCCAUUUUGCUGGUGUUUAAACAAAACUGUGAUAUAAAGGGGGGGGGGGGGGCACUGGCAAUGCCCCCCCACCCCCGACCCGGGGCAGAGCCUUGGGGACAGCUGGGGCACUCUGGGGCAGGGGCUGGCAGUGCCCCCCCUGCCCUGGGAGCACAAGAUGCCUGGGAGUGGGGGAACAGGGGUGCCCGCAGGCGGGAAGACCCCUCUGCCCCCCCUCCCUCCCCCAAACUGUGCCCAGGGGCUGCUCUAAUAAAGGCUGUGAAGAGUU